CGCGACUCGCGCGAAACAAUCUGUCGCGCUCUUCUGUUAUGUUAUAAAGUGCACUUUCCAACAUUUCCUCGCGACAGCGCUACACACACGGAAUGUCCCGCGGAAGCGCAGGCGAACAACAGGUGGAUUCAGAGGCCAAUCCAGACGUGGAAGUAGCCAUACUUCUGUGUCUCUCCGCCCCUGUGAGUAACCAUAGCAAAGAUACCGUAAAAUCCAGCGUUCCGGAAAGAAGAUGAAUAACACGCUCGCGAUAUGGAUCAUUUCAGCGGUGACGCGACGUUGGGAGCAUUACGAACAAGAUUGACCACUCACACAGUUUAUUCGGAGUUAUGUCACUUUACAUCUGAAAUCGUCUUCUGAUACACAGAGGCUGUUUUAUUUCUGACCCAAGAGAGUGUUUGUAGACUUUUGGAGUCAUUAUGCCUGUCAGCAACGGAUCGAUGAUGGAUUUCCCCUCGGAAUAUGUGAAAGUAAAGGCGCACUACGGAGGGGACAUGCUGAUCUCUGACUUGGAUUUGGCCAUGACGUACACCGAGGUGUGUGAGGAAGUGAGAACGAUGUGUGGGGUCCGAAAGGAGAUGCCAAUUACACUCAAGUGGAUUGACGAUGAAGGGGACCCAUGUACCAUCUCAUCCCAGAUGGAGCUGGAGGAAGCAUUCCGUAUCUACAACCGAAACCGGUGCUCCGGACUCCUUUUGCAUGUAUUCCCAAGCAUUCCUGAAAAGCCUGGUAUGCCGUGCCCAGGAGAGGACAAAUCGAUCUACCGCCGUGGAGCUAGACGAUGGAGGAAGCUGUACCGGGUGAACGGACACCUCUUCCAGGCCAAGCGCUUUAACAGGAAAGCGUACUGUGGCCACUGCAGCGAGAGGAUAUGGGGACUGGGGCGUCAGGGCUACAAGUGUAUCAACUGCAAGCUACUGGUCCAUAAACGCUGUCACAAGCUCGUCCCACUGACCUGUCAAAGGCAUAUGGAUCCAGUCAUGCCAUCACAGGAGCCGUUGGUAGACGAUGAUAAAAGUGGAGAGGAAGUGGAGCUCCCCCCUGAGGACCCUGAGGAAACAGACGCAAUUCCAGUCCCUUUUUUAGCACACAAUCGGAAAGUGGAGAAAGCUGAAGAUGACGCAGAGGAUCUGAAGGCAGUGGUGGACGGUAUCGAGGGGAUUCAGAUCUCCCAGGGGCUCGGUCUGGGGGACUUUGACCUGAUCCGGGUCAUCGGGAGGGGCAGUUACGCCAAGGUGCUGCUGGUCCGACUCAAGAAGAACGAACAGAUUUACGCCAUGAAGGUGGUGAAGAAAGAGCUGGUCCAUGACGAUGAGGACAUUGACUGGGUCCAGACAGAGAAACACGUUUUUGAACAAGCAUCAACCAAUCCAUUCUUGGUGGGACUUCACUCUUGCUUUCAGACAGAGAGCCGGCUGUUCCUAGUGAUCGACUAUGUGAAUGGAGGAGAUCUCAUGUUCCAUAUGCAGAAGCAGCGGAAGCUUCCAGAGGAACAUGCCAGAUUUUAUGCUGCUGAAAUUUGCAUCGCUCUUAAUUUUCUGCAUGAGAAGGGUAUCAUUUACCGGGAUUUAAAACUGGACAAUGUACUACUAGACCAGGAUGGCCAUAUCAAAAUUACAGACUAUGGCAUGUGCAAGGAGGGAAUCAGACCAGGUGACACCACCAGCACAUUCUGUGGGACGCCCAACUACAUCGCCCCAGAGAUCCUGAGGGGAGAGGAUUACGGGUUCAGUGUAGACUGGUGGGCUCUGGGAGUGCUCAUGUUUGAAAUGAUGGCAGGCCGGUCUCCCUUCGACAUCAUCACUGACAAUCCUGAUAUGAACACAGAGGAAUAUCUCUUCCAGGUCAUUUUGGAGAAGCCGAUACGGAUUCCCAGGUCAUUGUCUGUUAAGGCUGCGAGUGUGCUGAAAGGCUUUCUGAACAAGGACCCAAAAGAGAGGCUGGGAUGCCAAGUUCAGACCGGAUUCACAGACAUCAAGUCUCAUACGUUCUUCAGAAGCAUAGACUGGGACCAGCUGGAACAGAAGCAGGUGACGCCACCGUUCAAACCUCAGAUCACAGACGACUACGGUUUAGAUAACUUUGACACGCAGUUCACCAACGAACCCGUGCAGCUAACACCAGACGACGAGGAUGUGAUAAAGAGAAUAGACCAGUCUGAGUUUGAAGGAUUCGAGUACAUUAAUCCUCUGCUGCUCUCCAAUGAAGAAACCGUAUGAGGGAAGAACAAUCCGGCUGAUGUUUCUCUGCCUGCGGCUCCACAAGACUACUACAGCUGAGUUUAACUCAGACUCAGACAUGUGUCACAGAGAAGAACUUUUCCUUAAAACUGUGUUCAAGACAAAAAGCAACACUAAGACUUAAAGUUUCGGACCCUGCUUGAGUUAUUUUGGGAUCACACUGGAAGAAGAAAUGACUGGAGGAUCUUCAGAAAACAAACUCAGAACGAUUCCCCAAAUUUCAGCUGUUGAUUGUCUUCCUGCUUCCCAGCAACCUCUUUCAUUUUCACGCCCAUGUUUGUGUGUGCGCGCGCACUGUUGCCUGGGACUAAAGUUGGUUCCUUUAAUGUGUGCCUGCGUCCAUUAGAGACUACAUUUCCCAUCAAGCCUAGCUAAAUAUGACAGUUCUAACUUAAUGUGCACUUUUAUUUUGUUCCAUUUUUUAAAUUUUGGGAUUCUCUUUAAUCUUGUAUGAGGCUCAUCCUCAAGCAAAACAAGAAUGUAUAAUGUUAAAAAAGUUAAAAAAAAAAAUUGUAUUAUAGUGUAGGUAGUCAAUCAAAGAAUUUAUGAUGCCUUCUAUGAUGCAAAGUGGCACAUUUUAAUUCAUGACCAUGAUGGUUUCAUCCACAGUGGGUAGCUAUGCUUUAAACCGCAAGCUUUGAACCACCCAUGUUGGUUUUAUAGAGUAAAUGGAAGAUAAAAUGUGUUUUUUGAAGAAGUGCCUCAAAGAUCCAAAAUUCACCAUGCUCCAAACUGCUCUGAACUCCACGUUGGAUUGGAGUUAGUUGCACCAUCCAAUGAGAAGAUGGGCUGCAGGUGUUAUUAUUAUUAUUUACAUAACACAAACACACUGAUACAUACGUAAAAAAAACAAAAUUAAAGUUAUACACUGAAUGAUCACAAGCCCACAUACAGACCAGCAGAAAUAUAAGAAACCUAGGUUUACUGGAAAAACGUUCCUCUAUUCAAGUUUUUGCGGAAAUUAUGGUUAUGAUUGUUAAUUAAGAAAGACUUUUUUUGCACAAUAUUAUGUUGCGACCUCAAAACACUUGUAUGGUGCAUGAUUUGUAAUACAUUUAAAAAUUUGCACCAGAUGACUGAUGCAUAUGUCUGGUUUUUCCCACACAUAUGUAAAUUUGCUCGGUAGCUCACCCGGUACAGCAUUGCACAAGUCACAGUUAAAGAGCUUACAGACUUGUAGAAGCAAGUUAAAAAUCACUCACGUUUGCUUCAGUUAGGUUUAGGGUCCGUACGUUAUUUUCAAAUGCUAUAGAGCAUUAACCUCACUGGAAAUUUCAUUUCCGAACCACCACAUCACAAAAAAAGCAACCAACAUAAAAUGCUGCCAGAUUUAUUAAUCUAGUUUAGAUAAAACUGAAUGCACUUUUAGCCUUUCACACUGAAAGUCAAAAAACAACAAAAUAUAAUUUUGCAUAAAUGUGGCAAUAGGCACGUUUUCUCCAAUAAGCCUGGGUUUAAUAUUACAGUAAAACUCAAUACAAGUGCACACUAUAUUACUAAAAUGGCUGCUUCUGUUGUACUCAUGUGAUCUGUCAAUAACGUGCUGUUGAGACCUUGUGGAGAGCGAGAGAACACAAACAAGGGUUUGUACGUGAUGUCGCUGGUGUUGUGUGGUGGUAAAAUUGUGCAACAGUGAUGUGACUGAAUCUCAGAUGACCUAAACACAUGGUGGAACUGUCUUUGCAGUCGCAGUCAGAUGCUUACAUUGAACCCAUUGCAACACUUAAUAUCAAACACAGUUUGCGGAGAAUUCUAAUAUUUUAUCAUUCAGUGGCAGGUUGUGUUCGGAAUGGAGUUCUAGCCUACUACUGUACUUGUAGAAUAUACUGUAUUCUGUCUACUAUUUGUAUUAAUAGUAGAUGAAAUGAUUGUCAAUAUUCCACGAUAAACACUUUUCAGACAUUAGUAAACUACACUGUCACAUUACCUUGGGAUGUUGCCUAUCAUCAGCAACUAAUGACUAUUUGUAUUUUAAAAUCACUUUUGUGUAAAAACGCUGAGUCUUUACAGUUAGGCAGAAUAGUAAGCCAACAAAAAGAGUUGAAAUGGAAGGUCAAGUUGUGUGUAUUGCAUUAUGGAAUAUGUUAUUCUGCGCUGUGUAUGUCUUGGCAAACGUAGUAGGUCAUCUGGGUAUCCCAUGCAUACUGUGCACAGUAUACGUACUGCAGAGAUCGUGAGGGUAGCAUGUUGAUAGCCGUACACUCCUACACACAACUAAACUAUCACGUCUAUUUAAAUUCCAGGCCACACUAAAAAGCUCUUAAAAAUGAACUUCAAAAUCCGUAAUUUUCCUUUAAAGAAAAAACAGCCAAUCACAGGCUAGCGUGACUGAUUAAUCCCUCACAGUGAUAAGGUAUUGUGUUAUUAAGCAACUAGAUAUGUUUUCUAUCUUCCAUUGCAUUUAAUCUCCAAGUUUUGGGGUUUUUAUUCCCCUCUUUUCCUGAAGAGUGAAGACAACACUCUUAGAUGUGAACGCUUUGAUGAAAUCAGACCUGUGUGAAGAAUUCCUGCCAUGUUAACAGGAUUAAUUAGCUGCUUUUGUGUCAGACAGUAGCGAGAUUAGCAGACGGCUAAGAACAAAGAACGGCCCGGGAGAUAACAAGCGUGACGAACGUAACGAUAACGAGGUAGAGAGCAAAGCCACCAUGCUUUCAGCUCUCUAAUGAAAAGCUGGUACAAAAACAGGCACAACAUUUUGAAGAACUCCACUAUUUAUGAAUGAUUGUUUGUGACAGGAACUUCAGGUGAAUGCAAACUGCGUAGUUUUCCAUUCCAGUAUAGUUUGACAGGGCCAUUGCAACCGCAGGUUUUGAAGGUAAAGGUGGUCCUAUACAAAAUUUGCUUGAUUUUCAUUCCUGUACACCAAUGAUUAUUUUUACAAACUGUAUGAAAAGCAGGUACUAUGGUAUAUUACAAAGGACCAAGUAAUCAUCAACUUAAUUUUCCACCAGCUUGAGCCAAUGUACAGAACCCACGUAAAAUGGUGUCAGAUUUAUGAUUGUCCUUUGUUGGGGUUUUAUUCAUGUUUAUAUUUGAACUGGAAUGAGUUUUGGCAUAAUUGUAAAUAUCUGUAAUUUAACCCUUCAGAUUUUCACAGAAAAGAAAAGAAAUAAAUCUGUUUCUGCAUCAUUAUAAGAGAUAUCUGAAUCCAGCGUCCAAGCCGCUAGUCUCAAACUUAGAGCCCAAGACUGCAAUAAAAUACAAGUUCCUGUCCCUGAAAACAUUUUAAGCAAGAAAUUUCCAUUAUUUAUCAACUUGCCAAAUACAAAAGCUGUCGCAAGCUGUUUUCUGCUUUUUUUUCUUUUUUGGUUCUUUCCUUACAUUGACUCCAAAGCAAGUGACGCUCUUAUCAAUGUGCUACAGGGGAAUACUUUUAUAUUUGAAGUGUUUGUUUUAUAACUUAUUGUAAAUGAAAGCUCUAGUAGAGUUUCUGUGGGCUGAGGGUGGGAGAGAGAGAUGUGAACAUGUCUUUGGGUUUAUGAGGUUUAGUCUUAAGCAUCUUAGAUAACAACUGUAAAUCAGUAAAUGUUCAUUGUACUGACUUUA